CCUUUCUGCUCUUCCUUCUGUCUACGUCUAGCGUGUACAGACGGCAGUCCAGGGACUCUGCGAAUUACGGCUGGGUCAGACGAGGUGAAUUUCGAUUGCACCCGGCCAUAACGGGCUAUAUUUCAUGUCGUCUUCCGGUGGAAUGUGCUGGAUGUGAUCAAUUGUGUUCAUUGCUUCGUGUCAGAUAGUAGCAACUUGCUGCGUAAGCAAUCGGGCUCAUCACCUGUUCCGUUGCAUUGGUGGCCCUUUGGCGUCGGAUCUUACCAUUGAGACGCAGCUUUCCCGACGCCUCAACUUAUUUGCCCGUGUGCUGCUGCUGCUGCUGCGCGAGAAGGAAGUGAAGUAGGAGAAGGAGAGCCGGUCGUGAGGCAGCGGGAGGAGCAGCACGAGCAGCAGCCGCGAGUCGCGGUCGCUUGCCGAGUCUCCUGUUUUCGGUGAAGUUGUACGCUGGCUGAGACCAUCAAGAAGAUGGUGUUCAAGAGCAAGAUAGCUUCUUGUGUCCAGGGCGGAAUGCAACUGUUGCACGGACAGGAUAGGCUGUUCGAGAAGGCCUGGCGCAAAUUUGCGGUUAAGGAGGAGGAGCGCCUGGACAUUGAAUGCGAAGCCGAGCGGCAGCACCAGGCGGGAAAGCUCUUGCGCCGUGCCAGGCGCGAUGAGAACGUACCCAAAAACCUUUCCGACGAUGAAGUGCUCGAGUGGCCCCCCGAAGAUUUGCAGCGUUCGAGGGGGAGGGCGACGAAGAGCCUGGCAGGGACGUGGAUGUCGCCGUCGGCAACGAGCCCGAGUCGUCGACUGACGAGCUUUUCCUGGACCCGCCUUCUACUGGGGCAGACGCGGGGAUCAUCAGUAGCGCCGAGAUGCCAGUGCUGGAGCACGAUGUCAUCGACGUCGAUUCGGGUGCGCCCGCAGGGAUCGCCACAUUGCCUCCGCCUUCGCCCUCUGCAGCCACGUAGACUAAGCGAUUGACGCAGCGCUCCGCUGCAGUGCGGAUCGCGCGUGGAGAUCGCGGGCCUGAAUCUCAUGAGCCUUCGAAGGGCCCGACGCCCGAUCAAAUCACUGCGCCCGCCGGUCUGCUCCACGCGUUGCCUGAAUUGGCGCGCGCCGAGAGUCCAGCUGCCUGCGCGCCGUCAGCCGCCGCCAGCCCCGCCCAGAGCCGUGGCAGGGUGGCGCUGGCUUCGGCCGAGGCUCUUCCGGUUUCGCCUCCGCACCGCAGAGGCAGCGUGAGUCCGGAGCGGGUUUCUGAGAGGCCGUUCCGCUGCGCCCGCCAACGUCUUUGAGGUUCGGUUCCGCGCCGCCAGGCCGCCAGGCCGCCCGCGGUCGUGACUCCUUCUGCGGUUGCCAAUCCGCUAGAGCAGGCUGCCGUUCAGCCCUUCCGGCCAGGUGCGUCGUACCUGCGAGCAGCAUUUCGUCGUGACCUUCGCGCGGGCGUAAUGUCUGCGCUCUCCGGUUGAAUCUGCCUAGUUCUACCCCGCGUAGACAACCAGGCAAUUCCUGCACAUACUCUUCGGUUGAACGGCCCCAGCAAUCACAACGAAGACAACGAGGCGCGCUUAUAUUUCAGUUACC